AAUUUCACAGUCAAAUUUUCCAGUGUAAUUUGAUAUGAUUUGAUUUUACAACUACUCCUUCUAACGUACCGGCGAAGGCCUCAGCCGUGGCGGUGACCCCAUCAUCAAACUAGAAAGCUAAUCCAAUCCAACCCGAGGCCGGCAGCAUAUAAAUUCAAUCCAAUCCAAAUUUUUUCCAAUCCCACUCAUUUUCCAUCUCUAACUCUCCACUCCCGUUCUAUCCAAUCCCAAAAACUCGCACCACAAAGCGCACUCACCACCAUUCUGAGCAGGGAGAGAGGAGAGAGAGAAUGGGGACUGGUGCGUCCAAGAGGACGGACGACGGCUCGCACGGCGGCCAUGAGCCGGAGGAGGAGGAAUAUUUGGACCAGGGAGGUGGGCAGCUCUACGUGUCGCUGAAGAUGGAGAACAAUUACAAGCUCAAGAAAUGCGAGCUCCUCCCUCACGUUUUCGGCUCCGUCCCGCUCGUUGGCUCUUGGGAUGCUUCCAAAGCUCUUUCAAUGGAGCGGGAAUCGACUUCCAUGUGGGAAUUGAGCUUUGUUGUUCCUCCGAAUCAUGAAACUUUGGACUUCAAGUUCCUUUUGAAGCCAAAGAACAAUGCGCCUGCACCUUGUGUUGUGGAGGAGGGUCCGAACCGCCAACUCAUUGGAGGGGCCUUGCAAGGGGAUCGAAGGCUGGCUAUAUUUAGGCUUAGCAGUGAUGAGGUUCUUGAGUACCGGGUGUUCAUUAAGGCAGAUAGGGUAUCGCCGUUUGAUCUUGCAGCCAGUUGGAGGGCUUAUCAGGAUAACCUUAGGCCUUCUGCUGUUCGUGGAAUUCCUGAUGUCAGUUUAGGUACAGUGCCAGAGAUAGGUGCCGAGAAUGGCUCUUCAGCUAGUUUGGAGCUUGACCUCGAAUAUUAUGUCGUUCCAGCUCCUUCAACUUCUGCCAAUUCAGGUCAUGUUUACGCAGCUAACAUGACAGAGACUCCAACGUCAUUAAAUCUUCCUGGAGUUUUUACCAAUGCAGAUGGCUCUACCAGUGCUUCACAAACCUUCAAGGAUAGUGGUGUUUCAGCAGAUCGACAUGCAGCUACAAAGGAGAUGGAGGUUGUUAUCCCAGAUUCAUCCAAUCUGUCUUCUUCCUCUGGGAUGGUUGAAUCAAAGUCAGUGGGAACGUUUUCACCUUUCCAAAAGCAAGAUAGUCACAGGGGUCUCUUUGUUGAUAGGGGUGUUGGAGCUCCUAGGCUAGUUAAAUCUUCUAGUACUAGUACUUUCUCUGAGUCCAGAUUUGAUACAGAAAAAAAGAAUUCAAUUCCAGAAGCUGCUGGAGCCGUUGCAGCUGCAGCCGUAGCUGAUCAAAUGCUUGGACCAAAGGAAGAUAGGCAUUUGGCAAUUGUCCUGGUUGGUUUGCCUGCUCGUGGAAAAACUUUUACAGCAGCUAAGCUUACAAGGUAUCUCCGCUGGUUGGGUCAUGAUACCAAGCACUUCAAUGUUGGAAAGUACCGCCGUCUUAAGCAUGGAGCUAAUCAGACUGCUGAUUUUUUCCGACCUGACAACCCUGAAGGCAUAGAGGCACGUAACGAGGUAGCUGCCCUGGCAUUUGAUGACAUGGUUUCUUGGAUGCAAGAAGGUGGCCAGGUAGGAAUAUUUGAUGCCACAAACAGUACAAGGAAACGGAGAAAUAUGCUCAUGAAAUUGGCUGAAGGAAAAUGCAAGAUUAUUUUUCUGGAAACGUUAUGCAACGAUGAACGCAUUAUAGAAAGAAAUAUACGUCUUAAAAUUCAACAAAGCCCUGAUUAUGCAGAACAGCCAGAUUUUGAGGCUGGACUACAGGACUUCAAAAAUCGACUGGCUUAUUAUGAAAAAGUUUAUGAGCCAGUAGAAGAAGGAUCAUACAUCAAAAUGAUAGAUAUGGUCAGUGGACAUGGAGGCCAACUACAAGUGAACAACAUCAGUGGCUAUCUUCCCGGACGAAUUGUUUUCUUCCUGGUGAAUACACACCUCACUCCCCGCCCAAUAUUACUUACUAGGCAUGGAGAGAGUAUGGAUAAUGUUAGAGGCAGAAUUGGAGGAGACAAUCCUUUGAGUGAUACCGGAGAAAUUUAUGCAAAGAAACUUGCUAACUUUGUUGAAAAGCGACUGAAAUCAGAACGGGCUGCUUCUAUUUGGACUAGCACACUGGAGCGAGCAAUAUUGACAGCAAGUCCCAUUGUAGGAUUUCCUAAGAUACAAUGGCGUGCACUGGAUGAGAUAAAUGCUGGAGUCUGUGAUGGAAUGACGUAUGAAGAGAUAAAGAAAAAUAUGCCGGACGAAGCACGUAUGAAAGACAAACUGAGAUAUCGGUAUCCUCGUGGAGAAUCUUAUUUAGAUGUUAUCCAAAGGCUAGAGCCAGUAAUCAUUGAACUCGAACGACAACGUGCACCUGUUGUGGUUAUAUCUCACCAGGCUGUUUUGAGAGCAUUGUAUGCUUACUUUGCCGAUAGGCCUCUGAAAGAGGUUCCACACAUUGAGAUGCCACUUCACACCAUAAUAGAGAUUCAAAUGGGAGUUACUGGCGUACAGGAGAAAAGAUACAAGCUCAUGGACUGAAUAUUCGCUACCCAAAACUUUUCGUUGUAAGGUUCCGGAAAAUUUCCGUUUGCCUCAAAUUAUUUUCUCCGAAUCUCCAUUCAUAUCUCCAUCUGUUGACACAAUGUAGUAUUAGCAGAAAUGUCUCAACUGUAUAUCUAUCUACAAUAAUAAGUAAUCCAAACUCUUACCAACGUAGUGAUUUCACUAUUGGCUCCUGUUAUUCUUACCAUCUUACCAAAGUAUGUAAGGUUUUCUUGUAUUAA